AUGGCAUUUGUGACAGCUAUCAUUCGCGACCCUCGCGACAUAGCAAAGUUUCUAGGAGCCCCAUCAGUCACGAUUCUCCAGGGCGCUCCAAGAAAGCUUGAUGACGUUAAUGUCAAGUCGCUCCCGUCAAACCUGUGGCUUCUUACAGGUAUCAUCCGUAAUCUUUCCGACAACGCCAACCUCUCCUCCAGCCUUAUCGCGAAGCCGAAUCGUACCCACCGAGAUGGUGAGGAGCGAAUGACAAGACCGGAAGCCCUUGCCCGACAUGAGGAUGAGUGGUCGAGCGACGACAAUGAGCACCUAAGCGACAGCGAUCUGAGCGGAGAUGACCUGAACUACGAUAACGAGGGCUUGGACGACGAUGAAGAGCAUCAGAGCUCUAGGAAACACGGUCGCUGGUCACCAGCAGAUGAUAAGCGCUUAAUCCGAUGGAAGAAGGAGGAAAAAGAAUGGAGAUGGAUCUUUAAGCAAUUUCCUGGACGAACCCAGGCGUCAGUUCGUUCACGCUGGUACAUCACACUACGAUCAAAAGCGGAAUCGUCUCGAUCAAUUUAA